CGAUUCGUGUGUAUUGGUGUCCCGGGUGCAGCGCGCGGCGCGGGGAGUUGUGUGAUGGCAGGACCGGAGCGCACCGGAGACUAGAAACGGGAAAACCACAGCCACCGUGCAGAGCUGAGAAAGCAUGACCAUUGCCACACGGAUAGAAACCAUCAGGACACAGCUUUCUCCCAGCAUUACGUUUCCGAAGGCCAGUAAAAAAGGGCAAGCAUGUGCAGCUCUCUGAGUCCAAAGCAGCACCCGUUUGGCCCAGGCCUCACUGACCUGCAGCAGUACAGUCUGUGGUUGGCCAGCAGACAUGAAGCCAGCCUGCUGCCUAUGAAGGAGGACCUGGCGCUCUGGCUCACCAGCAUGCUGGGUGUUGAAAUCACAGCAGAGAGUUUCAUGGACAGGUUAGAUAAUGGCUUUCUGUUGUGUCAGCUGGCCGAGACGCUGCAGGAGAAAUUUAGGCAGAACUGUGGAGAACUCUCACCACCCGGCAAGCCAAUCCCUAAUCGGAGGAUCCCGUGUAGAGAAAGUGCCCCCUCUGGCUCUUUUUUUGCCCGAGACAACACAGCCAAUUUCCUGUCAUGGUGUCGAGAGGUGGGCGUCGGGGAAACCUGCUUGUUUGAGUCUGAUGGACUGGUCUUGCACAAACAGCCACGUGAGGUCUGCCUGUGUCUGCUAGAACUGGGGAGGAUAGCAGCUAAGUAUAAGGUCGAACCGCCUGGGUUAAUUAAGCUGGAGAACGAGAUUGAACAAGAAGAGAAAGCUCCCGAGCCGCCCUCCUCCCCCGUCUCUCCGGCCCAAGUCUCUUCCUUUAACAAAAGCUCCUCCUGCAGGAAAAGCACCGGCAAGCUCCUUGAUGAUGCUGUGAGGCACAUUUCUGAGGAACCUCCCUGUAAGUGCCCCAAUAAAUUCUGUGUCGAGCGUCAGUCACAGGGCCGCUAUCGUGUUGGAGAGAAGAUACUCUUCAUUCGGAUGCUGCACAAUAAACACGUGAUGGUGCGAGUAGGUGGCGGCUGGGAGACUUUUGAGAGUUACCUGCUGAAGCAUGAUCCCUGCCGGAUGCUGCAGAUUUCCAGAGUGGAAGGCAAAGUGUCACCCAUCUCCAUUAAGUCCCCUAGCAUCAAGGACCUGACCCCUGACAGCUACCUGGUGGUGGCAGCACACUACAGAAGUAAGAAGUAACAAAGACCAGUGACAGGUGAAGAAUAUGAGGAAUGCAAAAGGCUUUGAGAUGAAGAUCAUUUCAAUAAUGUAUGGCACUAACAUGUAAAGUAAAGCUAUUAUCAGGCAUUAAGGCCCUAUAGCAUCCAUCAUGUGAGGCUCGAACCGUUAAUCAUUUAUAUAUCUGAUGCAAAAACAUGGGGUAAAAUAUACUCUGGACCAAGCGAUCGCAAUCUCAAACUAUUUCUGAGCUUUAUUUUUCUUGCAAAUUAUCAGUACAUAAACUGCUUAGCUAAUUUAGCUAAUUUGACCCACCAUGUGUCUGGAGAGUACAGCAGGGCUGACUAUUGGUUUUAAUGGGAGAAGGACUGGAAAAAACAAGAUUAUUUUGUAUAUUUUUUCGACAUCUCAGAAUGCAGUUUGAUGAGUUAUAGAUGACCAAUAAACACUUAUAUCCUGGAACUGAUAGAUGUAGUGUAGAUUAUGGUGAUUUUGUUUGUUCUGCUUUUUCACUUUCAUUAGCCCAGAUUUCUUAAUAUUGCUUAAAGCUGACUGCUGUAUAUACAUUUACAUUUUUUUCUUGCAGAAUGACAGACAUUGUCAUAACUUCUUAAUGUAUAUAUUUGUGGUACUUUAUCAUAUCUCGAUAUUAACCAAUGCUGUUUUCUCUAGAAUUUGUUCACUUUAUAGAAAAUGAUAUUCGUAAAUGCUUGUAGAUGAUUACUUUUCUUAUUGUCAGAACAGAUAUAAUGUAAACCUCAUCGUCUUUUCUCUGCACAAAGACCAAUUCAACCUGAGAGCUGUUAAUAGAAUUUGAUGUCUCUCUGGAGUAAAAUAAAUCAGCAAGUGUUGCAGUGAUUUUAUCAAUUAAA